AUGGCCAACGUUUACCUGAAGGAGGCGAUUCGCACGAUGGAGACCAGCAGCGGCACGGCGGCCAACUACGAGUACGCUUCGACGUCGUGUCAGGGCUGGCGAAACACCCAAGAGGACGUGCACCUCAUUCUGCCCAACUUUGACAGUGACACGUCACUCUUUGCCGUUUUUGACGGACACAACGGCAUCGAGGUGGCCGCGUACGUGGCCAAGUACCUGCCCGAGUACAUUCGCCAAAAUCGCAAGUACAAGAGAGGCCGUGUCUCGGAAGGCCUAAAGGAGGCCUUCUGUCUGCUCGACGGGCAGCUGCUGCUGGUGGACGCCGUCAAUGAGCUGCGUGCCAUCCGCCGCCAGGCUCACCCUGAGCUGCCCGAGUACAAGCCGGGCAUCACCUCGGGCUGCACUGCCGUCGUCUGUCUGCUGAAGAAGGACACUUUCUACUGUGCCAGCAUUGGCGACACUCGAUGUGUCCUCUGUCGCAAUGGCAAGGCUUUUCCCUUGUCUAUUGACAACAAACCAGAUGAUGCCAACGAGUGCGCCCGCAUCAUGAAGGCAGGCGGGGAGGUGGUACACGGGCGCAUCAACAAGCUCAUCAAUGUGUCCCGUGCCUUUGGCGACCACAUGUUCAAGAUGGUGCCCAACAUGUCCACCAUUGAGCAAAUGAUCAUCCCGCUGCCUGAUGUGAUCAUUGAGCCGUACAUCGAGAGCACCGACAGCUUCAUGGUGCUGAUGUGCGACGGAAUCUGGAACAGUAUGGACAACUCGGAGGUAAUCGACUUUGUGGGCAGCCGCAUUCAGAAGAAGAUGCCCCUGGCCAAGAUCACAGAGGAGGUCAUCAAGAACGUUCUCCCCAAGGAGAUGCCACCCUCUGGCAUCAAGGGCAAGGACAACAUGACCAUCUGCGUGAUCAAGUUUAAGGGAAAAAGAGGCGGCGUCGGCUCAACAAACAUGUCAGCUAUGCCACGAACCACCGUGCGAGGCAACAAUGGCCCCAACAAGCACCACUGA